GGGGGAGGGGGGGGACAGGCGCAGGGCCCCGCCCCGCCGUGUCCGGGCGCCAGUUUGGAUAAGGAUGGCUCAGCUUCAGCAAGGAGGCCCGGAUGAAAAAGAGAAGACUACUGCAUUAAAGGAUUUAUUGUCUAGAAUAGACUUGGAUGAACUGAUGAAAAAAGAUGAGCCACCACUUGAAUUUCCCGAUACUCUGGAAGGAUUUGAGUACAUAUUUAAUGAAAAAGGACAAUUAAGACAUGCAAAAACUGGGGAGCCAUUUGUUUUUAAUUAUCGUGAAGAUUUGCAUAGAUGGAACCAAAAGCGCUAUGAAGCUCUUGGAGAGAUUAUUACUCAAUAUGUUUAUGGACUACUGGAAAAGGAAUGCCAUUUGAAAAAAGUAUCUCUCCCGAUUGAUGCAACCGAGAGUGAACCAAAGAGCUUUAUUUUUAUGAGCGAAGAUGCCUUAACCAAUCCUGACAAACUGUUGGUCCUAAUUCAUGGCAAUGGUGUUGUCAGAGCAGGUCAGUGGGCUAGGAGACUGAUAAUUAACGAAGAUCUGGACAGUGGCACACAGAUACCAUACAUAAAGAGAGCUGUUGAGGAAGGCUAUGGAGUAAUAGUACUGAAUCCCAAUGAGAACUAUAUUGAAGUGGAGAAGACAAAAGCCCAAGUACAGCUGUCUUCUGAUAGCUCAGAUGAACCUGCAGAAAAGAGGGAAAGAAAAGAUAAAAUCCAGAAGGAAACAAAGAAGCGACGUGACUUCUACGAGAAGUAUCGAAAUCCACAAAAAGAAAAAGAAACUAUGCAGAUGUAUAUUAGAGAUAAUGGAUCUCCUGAAGAACAUGCAAUUUAUGUUUGGGACCACUUUAUUUCCCAGUCAGCAGCAGAGAACGUGUUUUUUGUUGCUCACAGUUAUGGUGGACUUGCGUUUGUAGAGUUGAUGAUUCAACGAGAGGCAGAAGUAAAGAAUAAGGUAACUGCUGUGGCGUUAACAGACUCUGUUCACAAUGUGUGGCAUCAAGAAGCUGGCAAAACUAUUCGAGAGUGGAUGCGAGAGAACUGUUGUAACUGGGUGUCCAGCGCCGAACCACUGGAUACGGCUGUGGAGUCAAUGCUGCCCGACUGCCCCCGGGUCUCCGCAGGUACGGAGCGCCACGAGCUGACCUCCUGGAAGAGCUUCCCGUCCAUCUUCAGGUUCUUCAGCGAAGCCCUGGAGGCAAAGAACAGUUCGGUGAAGCCGACCCCGACACGGCGCUCCAACAGAAUAAAAUAUGAAGAAUUGUAAAAGGAGGACGAGGGGGAAACCUCUUCACUGCUUGCUUCCUGCGAGCAGUCUCCCAGCCCCUCAUUAGAUUGUUUUCUUCCUAGAGCACAGGGUCGUGAUGUAUACAUCUAAAUAGCGUUUUGCAUUAUUUCUAGAUGAGUGCAACUGUCAAAGCAAUAUGGGUUCACUGGUUGUGCUUCCUGUGGGCUGUAACUUGGAUUUCGUGCUGCCCAUCAGCGCGCAGAUUAAGGCUGACAGUGGUACUGCACAGUGCAGCGUGGUGCAGCUCUAAUUGCUCUGACAUUGCCCUGCACCAGGCUGAUGCCAGAAUUUAACAGCUUCGUCGUGGUCCCAUUGCCUGCAGGAUUUUUGCUGCUUCCUUCUAGUUUGAGACGGAACAAACCACAAAUUACUCUUUUCUAAGGAGGGCUCUAACCCAGAAGUGCUAACAAGCCCGUGAUUUCGGUAGUGAUUUCAGAGCCAGUCGCCUUCUCUUUCUGUGGGACCAAGUGGGAUCAACUCUUCAGUCUUUCAUUUUCUGCCAGUAGGAGGGUCGAAGAAGUUUGGUCCAGAUUUAUAGGAAAGCCCCUUUGUUGUAGAGAUUUUCUCCUCCUGCCAGAUCAAUGGCAUUAUCUGUGGAUCUUAUCUUCCUUUUGAAAGCUCCACUUAAAAAAUGCCUAUUCAUUAACCGCCUGGAUCACACUGUGAAAUAUGACAGCAAAAAAAAAAAAAAAAAGAGAGAGAGAGACAGAAAAAAAAAAGGGGGAGGGGGGACGGGGGGGACAUUUUCCCGUUUAUUUUUAAAUGCAAAAAUGCUUCCGUUUUAAUACAUAGGAUUUGUAAUGACUUGCUGUCCCGUGGCAAUCCCCGGGGCCUGGGCUCCCUGCUCACGCCGACCCCGCCCGGGCUGGACCCCCCCUUGACCCCCAUUGUCCCCUCUGUGCCCCUCCUGGGUCCCCUCCAGGUCCCCCCCGGUACCCCCACCGCCACCCUCGAUGCCGGCAACUUUCGGCCGCGCAUCCUGAGACGUGCCUGACAGCGUGCCCGGCCUGCGAGCGCGCUAAUUAAGCUCUUUUCGUUUUGAUGAUGCGAAAUUAGAGUGAUCUUUUUUAUUAUUAUCAUUAUUAUUCACUGGCCGUGCCGGCCUCGCCUCCGAUGUGGUUAGCGGCGGGGAGGCAAAGAAGGUGCCGGUGGGUUCCGGACCCCCUGUCGUGGGAUGCUCCCCGUGGCACACCUGGGGGCCGGGAAUUAUUUUGGGGACGGGGAGGGGGCCGGUACCUCCGGCUGCAGAGCCCCUCGGGGGGGCACGGGGCGGACGACCGGCCGGUUUUGAGCCGAAAUCUUCCUUUUUGCGGGGUUUACCCUACCGGGAGCCUGAAGCUUGGGGGGAAGGGGGGGGAGAAGAUGGGGAGAAGGGCUCGGUGUGCAGCCUCCCCCCCCGCCUUCCCCCCCACCCCACUCCCGGUCAGAGGGCGCAGGCGGCGAGGUGCCAAGCGUUCGCGGGGACGGAUUUAUUUGUCUGCGCGGCGACGGGAAACGAAGUUUUAAAAUAAAUAAAUAAAUCUCUGCUUGUAACAGCCGCCCUUUUCUCGGGGACCGCGCCUUCGCCUCGGGUAGUGCUUCUCUGUAAGGGACUGUGAAGCCCAGGGGGUCCCCCCCGAGGACUCCGUGCCAAAAUAAAGAUGCGCUUAUCCCGC